GUUGUUUUCAUGCUGAUGACGUAUGAUGCUAGUUGAAGGCUAACCGUGUCAAACCCGCGACCAUUACAGCGUUCGGGACAAUUCUCACAUUUAUUUCAACAUUUCAAAGCUUUAAUCAUGAUGCAAUUUAUUCUUGGCUUCACUCUGGGAAACGUGGUUGGCAUGUAUCUGGCACAGAAUUAUGAGGUACCCAACAUUUCAAAGAAAAUCGAGGCCUUUAAAAAGGACGUGGAGGCCAAAAAGAAACCCCCAGAGUGACAAAGGCUCAUUAUGAUUAACUGAAGAUGGAUGGGACAUUUUGAAAAAAGGAAAUAUACUCCACGUUACUUUAUAAACAGUAUGAACAAAAGAGUUCCAAAAAUACUGGGUAUAUUCCAAGUGUCAGCAGUGCCUCAAAAUCCCCAUUGUGUUCAAAGUGUUCUGCAGCUUUUUGUAUUGUAUUGCCUCUUUUCUUUUUUCUUUCUUUUUUUUAAAGAAGGGUACAUUUGUUUUACACCUGAUAAAGAUAUGUUUGCUGGAUAAUUAUUUAUCAUCAAGUAUAUAUAUAAAAAAAACAGCACUAGCUUAUUAUUUGACGAAAUUCUUCAUUAUUAUUAUUAUUUUUUUUGGUCAUUCUAUAUUUAUAGAGAAACAAAAUGUUUAACGCUAAAUUGUUGGAAGAAAAUUCUUAAUAAUAUUAAAACUUCUUAAUAUGAUUAUGUAAUAAAUGAGCGAGCUUGCACAUAUACAAUUUUAACUUGAACAAGU